UGCCCCUUUAAAGGUGUACGGGUUGCGUAACGACGUGUGACGUCAGAACAGUCGCAAGACUUAAGUCGCGUCGCGGCCUUCAGCAGUUCAUGAACCGCAGCGACACGCGAACACACGCUACGAUGGUGCUCAACGUGAGAAGAGAGAGUUCAAUAGAAACCGCAUCUACCUGGAAAUUCUGAAUCAACGGAGAACUGAAUGAGACUGAUCAGCGUUGGUGAUUGAUACGUGAACAUUGUUGUUACGUUGUUUUAACAUUGUAGUAGCAUUGCAAUAUCUUCAGACGUCAACUACCCUAACAACCCCCUUCAGCCGAGUCCGGAGGUAAUGUUGUCCGUUCUCUCGUACGGUAGACUGGUGGCCCGAGCGGUCAUCGGCGGACUCUCUCAAACCGACAGUCGCGAUUACAGCCUCGUGUCCGCCAGUUGCGGCUUCGGAAAGGAUUUUCGUAGGGGGAUCUUAAAGAAAGGGAUGUGUUAUGGAGACGAUGCCUGCUUUAUAGCCCGACACAGGUCUGCUGAUGUGUUAGGUGUGGCUGAUGGAGUGGGUGGUUGGCGUGACUAUGGAGUCGACCCUUCUCAGUUCUCUGGAACCCUCAUGAGGACGUGUGAACGAUUGGUCAAAGAAGGACGAUUUGUUCCUAGCCACCCUGUGGGAAUCCUCACCACCAGUUACUAUGAGCUACUUCAGAACAAAGUACCACUGUUAGGAAGCAGCACAGCGUGUAUUGUGGUACUAGACCGGCAGAGUCAUCAGCUACACACAGCAAACCUGGGAGACUCUGGCUUUCUGGUAGUUAGAGGAGGAGAGGUUGUUCACAGGUCUGACGAACAACAGCACUACUUCAACACCCCUUUCCAGCUCUCAAUCGCCCCUCCAGAAGCAGAGGGCUCUGUUCUCAGUGACAGCCCUGAAGCUGCCGAUAGUUCGUCCUUCGAUGUCCAGUUGGGUGACAUCAUACUCACGGCUACAGAUGGUCUCUUUGACAACAUGCCAGACUACAUGAUCUUACAAGAACUUAAAAAGCUCAAGAAUGCCAACUAUGAAAGCAUCCAACAAACAGCCAAGAGUAUUGCCGAACAGGCCCACGUUCUAGCAUACGACCCCAAUUAUAUGUCCCCUUUUGCACAGUUCGCCUGCGAUAAUGGCUUGAAUGUCAGAGGAGGAAAGCCAGAUGACAUCACCGUUCUGCUGUCAAUUGUAGCGGAGUACACAGACUAAUGCUUACAAGGGCUGCAAAAUGCGUCUCUUGUCGUCUUUUUCUCAGUCACUGGACUGGCGGCUGUUUCCUGCUGGCAGGAUUGAGGUCUGCAUGAGUUUUCUGUCUCUGGUAGAGACUUGGACCCCACAUCUAUUCCUUGGGCUCUUUGGUCUUACAGUACUAGACCGCACUAUUGAUGUUGUCUCCUCAUGUAAAUGGACUCAUGAAAAAGUAAAAGUCCACCUUAAACAUCUUGAUAUGGACUGCUUCUUUUUUCAUUCCUUGGUGGCUAAAGUUUAAUGGCACAACUUUGGUUGUGCUUCACAAGGGCUGCAACAAGUUUUUGUUUGAACGCUACUCCAGUACGUCUGUAAGAAUCGAACGUCCUCCUGUCGUCCAGAAAUAAUUGAGGUGGUGCUAUGUAUGUGGUUGAGAAAAACCGACAUGAAGCCAGAAAAUGAGAGGAAAGCAAACCAGAAAGGAAUACAAAUCUGAUUAUGGAUAAGCAUCCCAAAAAAGGACUUUUUCGCAUCAGGAAGAGUCAUUAAGAUGGCAGCGUCUUGCCAAUUUUAGAACACUUUGCUCUGGGGAGUCUGAGUGUAUAACUUUACAAAAGGCCAAGGGAGAUGCCCUCAAGUUACAUUUCUCUUGUGAUGGCACAUUUUGCCCGUUUACUUUCCAUUUAAAAAGACAUCUGAUCUGCUGGAUAGCUGAGAUCUGAGGUUAUUAGGCACACGUAACUUCAACAGACUCUCUACUAGCUAAUGGACAGUUUGUGUUUUGGGUAGCAUGUUGAAAACGUCACGUAACUGUGCAGUACGAGAUCGAUUAGAGUGUUUAGCAGCAACUAAAUAUUAUCAAAGUUAAUGAUAAACCAUAGAGAUGCCUUCCUGUAAGAUACUGAUGAACUGAUGAAAGAAGCUUUUGGAGCUUGAGGAGAACAAUUAUUCAUUACCGAAUAAAGGGUCGAUGGCAUAAAAUAGAAGUGCACAAAAUGCACAACAAAAUAGAUUUUGAGGUCCAGGGCGCAUUAUUUUUGCUUGGGGAGACAUGUAAAAAAAAAAAUCCCUUCUUAUUUAUUAAAAAACUCCCCAUUUGAGUUUUUUAACGUAAGUACAGCAAUGCAAGAGAUUGUGGGAUGUGUUGAGAGCCUUGCGUAAAACCACUUUUAAAAGUUUCACAUGAUUGUGUUGUGUGUGUGUGUAUGUGUGUGUGUUUAUCUGUGUGUGUGGGGCGAGGCGGGGCGGGGCGGG